AGAGGGGCAUCCUCCUUGGUGGGAUCACUUGUCGAUGUGGCCCGCGGGCGUGCAUUGAUUGCCGCGGGAGCUCAUUGUGUCCUGGGAGAUCCACCGAUCCCCGUGCGUCCAUGAGUCGUCCAACGCCCUCAUCAUCCGGAUGAGCGUGACCAAUCCACCAUCGGGCGCGUCGGCUCCAGGGUCCGCGAACGGUGGCGGUCAAUCAACAUUGGGCCGGAGUCAGCCAUUGAGGCGAAAUGCUCCAGCGGCGGCAUUGGACGAUCCUCUCGACAGGGCCUCGCAACGAUAUGAACCCAAGACUCGGGUGACCGAGCGCUACCGCAUCGUUGGCUUCAUCAGCAGCGGCACGUAUGGACGCGUCUACAAGGCCACAGCCCGGAGUCAACCUGCGCAGGAGCAGGGUAGCAAAGAUGCCGAGGUCCACCGGCCGCCUGGCCUGCAGGUCGCUAUCAAGAAGUUCAAGCCGGACAAGGAGGGCGAGCAGAUUAGCUAUACGGGCAUCUCACAAUCCGCUAUCCGUGAGAUGAGCAUAUGCGCAGAACUUCGGCAUGAGAACGUCAUCAGGCUGGUGGAAACGCUGCUGGAGGACAAGUGUAUCUUCAUGGUCUUUGAGUACGCCGAGCAUGAUCUGCUGCAAAUUAUUCAUCAUCACACGACGCAGCCACCAGGGCCUCGACGACCGAUACCCGCGACUGUCGUCAAGAGUCUUCUCUUCCAGCUGCUCAACGGGUGUCAUUACCUGCACACAUCUUGGGUAUUGCACCGCGACUUGAAGCCGGCCAACAUCAUGGUCACAUCAGAGGGUCGUGUCAAGAUUGGCGAUGUAGGACUGGCACGCCGUUUUGACAAGCCGCUUGCAUCUCUUUUCGGCGGCGACAAGGUCGUUGUGACAAUUUGGUACCGUGCACCGGAGCUUAUUCUGGGAUCGUACCAUUACACGCCUGCGAUAGAUCUGUGGGCCAUUGGGUGUAUCUUUGCUGAGCUGCUGUCACUGCGCCCCAUUUUUAAAGGCGAGGAGGCGAAGAUGGACAGCAAGAAGACGGUUCCGUUCCAGCGAAACCAGAUGCAGAAGAUUGUCGAGGUCAUGGGCAUGCCUACAAAGGAGAGGUGGCCCCUCAUCACUUCGAUGCCUGACUACGCACACCUGAGCUCUGUGAGGCCGCCAGUGGAUCACCAUCACCAUCACAACCACCACUCCUCUGCCAGAGCGUAUCCCAACACAUCGCAACUAGAGAAAUGGUACUACAACACCAUCAAUCACGGCUCAGCGUCCACAUCUUCGUCGAUGCCGAGCAACGCUGGCAGCCCUCCAUCGCCCCUGUCGUCACUGGGCGCGGAAGGCUACAAGCUACUGGCCGGCCUCCUUGAAUACGACCCAGUGAAGCGCCUCACCGCCGAGCAGGCAUUGCAACAUCCCUUCUUCUCCACAGGCGACAAGGUACUUGCAACUGCUUUUGAGGGUCUCAAGGUCGAGUAUCCCCACCGGCGCGUGAGCCAAGACGACAACGACAUCAGGACCAGCAGUCUUCCCGGAACAAAGCGAAGCGCGCUGGGUGACGAUCUGUUGCGGCCGCCCAAGCGGAUAAAGGGGUAGAGGCAUCUUUAUCCGAAACAGGGCACCGCGUUCUCGAGAGCUGUCAAGCCUGUUGGCGCAUAACACCGAACUCGCUCCCGCUUAUUCCAGGUUCGGACUACAGUUCCAAGCCGACACGGAUGCCGAGACCGACAUAACCAAGGACGUAUGUAUCCUUGUGGGC